GAAGCCAUUUGUGUCAAGGUGACAUCUGGAGAGCCUAAAUGUCAGGAAAGGCCAAUGCCCCCGUUGGCUACCAUCCAGCCCAAAACACCAAGACAGAGCCAGCCCCCCAGCAGAGGUUCCAGCCAUGUGGGGCUUUGUGUCACAAACCCUCAGCUGCUCAAGAUACAGCCCCUCAUGAGAACCAGGCCCCUGCCAUGCUUUUUGAGUGACUUGCCUCAGCCUCCUGCUCAGGUGUUCAUACAGAUGCCACUGCCUGCCCCCCAACAAGUCCCUGCAAAGAUACUUACAAUCCCUAAGCCUUCAAAUGGACAGGGCUCCACAUCGACCCCUUUGUCAGCCUCUGACCCACCAGUGGUAACACCUGUUUCAUCCAGUUCAGCUCAUUUAUUUAUUUCCCACUUGCAUACAAAACAUACUGAGAAAUUAAAAAAAUCUUUAAAAGUAAAAACACGUUCUGGACGGAUAUCUCGGCCUCCGAAAUAUAAAGCUAAAGAUUAUAAAUUCAUAAAAACAGAGGAUUUGGCAGAUGGUCAUCUGUCAGAUUCUGACGAUUAUUCAGAACUAAGUGUGGAAGAAGAUGAGGACCAGAGGGACAAGCAGGUGCUCUUUGACUUAUCAAGCUGCUCUCUGAGGCCCAAAACGUUUAAGUGUCAUACUUGUGAAAAAUCCUACAUAGGAAAAGGGGGACUUGCCCGGCAUUUUAAACUUAAUCCAGGGCAUGGCCAGCUGGAACCUGAGAAGCUGCUGUCUGAGAAAGCUGAUGGGAGUGUGAUCCGAGGGUGCCUGGAGGAAGGGACUUUCCUGGAGCUGUCCACACCAACUGCUCUACAAGGAGAAGGCACCCUCUCCUGCUAUGCCACAGAGACAGAAUCAGCACGGGGUAACCUGCAGAAUGGUCAGUCUGUAGAAGUUGAAGAGGCAUUGGUGUCUGAACCUGAAAAUGGAAGUCAUUCUGCUCUUUGGGUAUCAGAAAAUCACCUGGGAUCCGGAAGUGGAUGCUCGGAGACCUGUGCAGAGUCCAGCACAGCCAUCCUUCAGCAGAGAAGAACGCCUCAGCCACAUGGGAGCCCUGCUGUAGCAGGAGGACAGAACACAUCCAAUGGCAAAGCCAGGCUUAAGGAGUUUCUCCAACAGUGUGACCAGGAGGACCUAGUGGAGUUGGCUCUACCACAGCUGGCUCAGGCUGUGACUGUAUAUGAAUUUCUUCUGAUGAAGGUUGAAAAAGUUCAUCUGGCAAAGCCUUUUUUCCCAGCUGUAUAUAAGGAAUUUGAAGAGUUGCAUAAAAUGGUUAAGAAAAUGUGUCAAGAUUACCUCAGUACUUCUGGUUCAUGUUCUCAGGAGCUCCUGGAAAUAAGGAAUAAUAAGGUUGCUGAGUCAUUAGGAAUUACAGAAGAAUUCUGGAGGGAAAAAGAAAUUCAUCCAGACUGCAUUCUACCCAAGCAUCCCAGCCAAGAGACGGAUGGGGAGCAGCUAGAGGAAGCUAGCAGACAGAAAAGGCAAAAUGAGGCGGCAGAGGAGGGGCUGGCCUCAGUAAAAAGGCCCAGAAGAGAAGCUCUCCCCAGGGAUACCACAGAGUCUCUUGCUGCCAACAGUGGAGGCUGUGAGAAGCAUGGGCUCUUACGUGCUCCAACUGCCAGUGAGGGCCAGCAGCUGAAGGCAUUUGCUGACUUAGAAGCCAGGAGUGGAUCUGUGGGCCCUACUUCCUCCUAUCAGGAUGUCGGUGGGUCAGCUCUUUAUAAUCAGUCAGAAGAGCCCAGGAGUCUGACCCAGACACAGGAGGCGGCAUUCCCUGAAGAGAGUGCUCUGGAACAUUCUUCAGACCAGGACAUCAGGGACAGCCUGAGGAGCCCAGGUGUCUACAGCAUCUUGUCAUCAGGUACAACAGUGUCCCAGGAGGAGGACAUUGUCAUAGUAACCAGUGCAGAGGGGCCUGCCCUGCAGAUGGGCCCACCAGAAGGAAUUCCCCUGGAAACUGUGGAGUCGUUCUUCGCUGUGGAGGCAGAGCCCUCACAGUGAAAAGGAGUUCAGAUCCUAGAUGUGUAUGUAUUUUAUCCAAAGAAGGUCUGUUUCAAGCAAUGUAUAGUUUUCUAAUGUAAAUACUGACACAAAGGAACUUUUAUUUAUAAAGAAUAAUGUCUUUCUCUCCUAAUGGCUACAUUUCUGGGUAGAGCUUAUCAUAAUAGGGGGAGAUACAUUACCUGAUGACAUACCCCUCCAACAUAUCCA